GAUUCUGAGCCGGGCUCCAUCCCUCCCUCCUCGGAGCCCUGGUACCCGCAGCCCUGUCUCCUCCCCCUGGGCCUCUGGCCCUCCCGGGAGAAAAGCCAUCCUUACCUCUGGCUGACGGUCUUGGGACCUCCCCCGCUGCGUCUGGACCCUCUCCCCAUUCCAGCCUCCCAUGCCGAGGCCUGCCUUGUCAGUCACUUCCUUUUGUCAUCGGCUUGGCAAACGGGAGAGAAAACGGAGCUUCAUGGGAAACAGCAGCAACAGUUGGUCCCAUGUGCCGUUCCCCAAGUUGGAGCUGGGCCUGGGGCCCCAGCCUGCGGUGCCCCGGGAGCUUCCCACCUGCUCCAUCUGUCUGGAGAGGCUGCGGGAGCCCAUCUCGCUGGACUGUGGCCACGACUUCUGCACGCGGUGCUUCAGCACACACCGCAUCCCGGGCUGCGAGCCGCCCUGCUGCCCCGAGUGCCGGAAGAUAUGCAAGCAGAAGAAGGGCCUCCGGAGCCUGGGGGAGAAGAUGAGGCUCCUGCCGCAGCGGCCGCUGCCCCCUGCGCUGCAGGAGACCUGUGCUGUGAGGGCGGAGCCGCUGCUGCUGGUGCGCAUCAAUGCCUCUGGAGGCCUCAUCCUUAGGAUGGGAGCCAUCAACCGCUGCCUGAAGCACCCCCUGGCCAGGGACACCCCGGUCUGCCUCCUCGCUGUCCUGGGGGAGCAGCACUCAGGGAAGUCCUUCCUCCUCAACCACUUGCUUCGGGGCUUGCCUGGCCUGGAGUCCGGUGAGGGGACCUGGCUGAGAGGAGGAGAGGGGUCUCUGCAGGGGUGCAGAUGGGGUGCCAAUGGCCUCACCAGGGGCAUAUGGAUGUGGAGUCACCCCUUCCUGCUGGGGAAGGAGGGGAAGAAGGUGGCCGUGUUCCUGGUGGACACAGGGGACGCCAUGAGCCUUGAGCUGAGCAGAGAAACAAGGAUCAAGCUUUGCGCUCUCACCACGAUGCUGAGCUCCUACCAGAUCCUCAACACUUCCCAGGAGCUGAAGGAUACAGACCUGGACUAUCUGGAGCUGUUUGUCCAUGUGGCUGAGGUGAUGGGCAAGCAUUACGGGAUGGUGCCAAUCCAGCACCUGGAUCUCUUAGUCCGUGACUCAUCUCACCCCAACAAGGCAGGGCAGGGGCACAUGGGGGACAUCCUCCAGAAGUUGUCGGGCAAAUACCCCAAGGUCCAGGAGCUACUCCAAGGGAAACGAGCCCGCUGCUGCCUCCUGCCUGCUCCAGGGAGGCGGUGGGUGCACAAAGGCCAAGGAAGCCCUGGCAACACAGGUGAUGAUUUCCGCCAUCCUCUUGGGGCCUACGUCUCGGACGUGCUGAGCGCGGCCCCCCAGCACGCUAAGAGCCGCUGCCAGGGGUACUGGAAUGAGGGGCGCGCCGUGGCCAGGGGGGACAGACGCCUGCUCACGGGGCAGCAGCUAGCUCAGGAGAUCAAGAACCUCUCAGGCUGGAUGGGGAGGACAGGGCCUGGUUUCACCUCUCCGGAUGAGAUGGCUGCUCAACUGCACGACCUGAGGAAGGUGGAGGCCGCCAAGAGGGAGUUCGAGGAGUACGUGAGGCAGCAGGACAUAGCCACCAAGCGCAUAUUCUCUGCACUGCGGGUCCUGCCUGACACCAUGCGGAACCUCCUCUCCACCCAGAAAGACACGAUCCUGGCCCGCCAUGGCGUGGCCUUGCUGUGCAAGGGGAGGGAGCAGACCUUGGAGGUGCUGGAGGCCGAGCUGCAGGCCACGGCCAAGGCCUUCAUGGACUCUUACACGAUGCGCUUCUGUGGCCACCUCGCUGCCGUGGGGGGCGCUGUGGGGGCUGGGCUCAUGGGCCUGGCCGGGGGUGUGGUGGGUGCCGGCAUGGCGGCUGCAGCACUGGCUGCAGAGGCAGGGAUGGUGGCGGCUGGAGCUGCAGUGGGGGCCACAGGGGCUGCUGUGGUUGGGGGUGGUGUGGGGGCUGGUUUGGCGGCCACCGUGGGCUGCAUGGAGAAGGAAGAGGAUGACAGGGUGCAGGAAGGAGACCGAGAGCCCCUUCUCCAGGAAGAGUAAUAGCCCAGGAGGCAUAAAGGACAGAAGAGAUGUGAAGUGGGGGGGAGGAAGCGGGGGAGGCCAGGAGGGAUGACACCAGGGAUUCUGAGGGGCCUAUGUGUACCAUUGCCCCGGUCGAAUGUUCAGUGUCUGAGCGGCCAGCUGAAUUGGGGAUUCAGAAUGGCUCCAGGAAACUGAGGAGGGGGCAGUGGGUGGAGCAUCUGGCCUGUUUCUGGCUACAGAUGAUUGCUGAUCUCCCAGUGUCCCAGAAAGGUUGAAUCCUAGGGUCUCUCAGCACGAGUGAGGCUCCCCCCUCUUCACCUGGCUCAUUUCCCCACGACCCUGGAGUGCAGGAAGGCUGAGCAGGUACAUUCUGGAAGUCUACCCCCGGGUGGUCGAGAGACCUGUCCUUUCAAAGCUGGGAGAAGCCCCAGGAAGGUUGGCCUUGACGUUCAGGAGCAGAGAACACUGAUGAGGGGCUAGUGAAGGCAGGGAAGGAGGGAGCACCGGGCAGAGCCAAAGAGUCAGGGCAUGACAGACAGUGGCCCAAACCCCCAGGCGGAGAAACUUGCUCCUGAGACUCUCUCCAAAGCUGCUCCAGCAGAACCAAAGGGUUCCCCAUUCUGGAACCACAGCCGCAGGAAGCCUGGCUGUGCAUCCUGAAACACCCCGUACCGGGCCUCCCUGCAGCCCUCCCUUGGGCUCUUGCCCUUUGUCAAGCCUGCUCAGAUGCAGGAGUGCCCAUGUCCUCUGUGGAAUGCCCAAAUGCCAAAGAAUGACACCUUUACUUGCAUUUUGAGCUAAACCAGACAGCUGUUAUUCUCAAUUCUAUCAAAAUCUUGCAAGGAAAGCAAAGUGAACAAAUUCUCUCCUUAAACACGUCCUUUCUCCCCUGGGCUUGUGAGCAGACCACUCUGUUCCAUUUCAGAAGACCUUGAUGGGGCUCCCCAAGCACCAGGCCCCACAGGGCACUCGGGGUGAGUCGUCUCUCUCUGGGGGAUACAAGGUUCUACUAGGAAGAUUUUUAGGCUCCUAAACUGACAUCUAGGCUAGGAAAUUUCUAGGAUAUGGAGUGGGCACCUUAUCCUUUAUUUUAUGAAAAAUAAAAUGUGUGUAUGUGAAUGUCA